AUGGCAAGAUCAGAGUCCUCUCCGGGAAAUAAUGUGGCAAGAUCAGAGUCCUCUCCGGGAAAUAAUGUGGCAAGAUCACAGUCCUCUCCGGGAAAAGUAUUUUCAUUGAAUCCAAUUUAUCAUUUGAUAACGCGGAUAUCACAAACACAUAGCAGAUUUGUUGAAAUGUUAUCAGUGAUAAUGAUAAGUGUUCGUCUAAAGAAUAUUGCUGAAGAUAAUUUAGAUAGAUUAUAUUGGAAAAUCAAUAUGCAAAGCAAUGAAAAUCAGGUUUGUAGGAUUCUUGGGUUGAUUUUGAUGAGAAAGUGA